AAAAACAUUCAAGUGUAUAGAGAGGGUAGCAAAAAUGAGUUCCUCUAGAUUGUUGGUAACGUUAACUCUCGUGAUUGUGAUCAUGUCCAUUUCUUAUGAACCAUUCCCAUGGAUGGGGGUAAACGCGAGUGAUGUACCUACGAGUUGCUACGCUUACUGUAACCAAACGUUCGAAAGUCGUCACCAAUGCAAUAAAUGGUGUGAAGAAUUAGCUCACAAAGAUGGGUACAAGAUUUAUGGCUAUCCUUCCUCCCCCAACCCUAGGCGCGUCCUGGCUGUUCUCCAUGAGAAAGGUCUCUCGUUCGAUCCCAUCACCGUCAACUUGACUACCGGUGACCAGCAGAAGCCAAGUUUUCUCCCUAUUAAUCCCUUUGGUCAAGUCCCAGUUUUCCUAGAUGGACAUCUUAAGUUGAUUGAAUCCCGAGCCAUAUCCCUAUACAUCGAGACAGUUCAUAGAUCAAGAGGCACAAAACUCCUGAAUCACAAAAAUUACAAGAAAAUUGGAACAGAAACAAUGUGGAUGUAUGUCGAAUCUUUUGAGUUUGAUCCACCCGCAUCGAUACUCGUUUGGGAGCAAACCAUCAAGCCUAUGAAGGGUCUAAAGGCGGACUAUAAAGUUGUAAAUGAAACCGAACGGAAGUUAGAGAAAGUUCUAGAUGUCUACGAAGAACGACUGAAAAACUCAAGCUUCUUGGCUAGUAACAGCUUCACAAUGGCUGAUCUGUUUCAUCUUCCUAAUAUACAAUACCUUAUGAACACAACUACAAAGAGACUGUUUGAAAACCGGCCUAAGGUACACAGCUGGGUGGCUAAGAUUAUGGCUAGACCGGCUUGGAAGAAAGCUUGUGACGCCAACGCCUGGUACAGCAACAAGAAGAAUUAGUCAAAAUUAAGAACUUUGUGGGCAAGUGUGUGUGUCUCC